GUGUCUACCAACAGGAUGUCAGGGAACUCAUCUCUGAUGAUGCUGGGGCCACAGGACACUUUAGUGAACUCCUCCUCCAACUCCUCCGCCUCCCCUCCGUCGGCGGACUGGGUGGCCCCCACCUUCACCCGGGCGGCCCAGUUUCGGGUGGUGGCCACCUUGGUGCUCUUCCUGUUCGCGGCAGUGAGCAACCUGGCGGUGCUGAUCAGCGUGGCUCGCGGGCGCGGCCGGCGGCUGGCGUCCCACCUGCGGCCCCUCAUCAUGAGCCUGGCGGUGGCCGACCUGAUGAUGACCUUCAUCGUGAUGCCGCUGGACAUGGUGUGGAACGUGACGGUGCAGUGGUACGCCGGCGACGCCAUGUGCAAGCUCCUCUGCUUCCUCAAGCUCUUCGCCAUGCACUCCUCCGCCUUCAUCCUGGUGGUCAUCAGUCUGGACCGGCACCACGCCAUCCUGCGCCCGCUGGACUCUUUCGACGCCAACCGCAGGAAUAAGAGGAUGCUGCUCCUGGCCUGGUCCCUCAGCCUGCUGCUGGCGUCCCCACAGCUUUUCAUCUUCCGGGUGAUCAAGGCAGAGGGGGUGGACUUCACCCAGUGUGUGACCCAUGGGAGCUUUCAGCAACGCUGGCAAGAAACGGUCUACAACAUGUUCCAAUUCGUCACGCUCUACGUCGUCCCGUUACUGGUCAUGAGCUUAUGUUACACGCGCAUCCUAAUUGAGAUCAACCAUCAGAUCCACAAGAGUAAAGGAGGAGAGUCCUGCCUGAGGCGCAGUGGGACAGACAUGAUCCCCAAGGCACGUAUGAAGACCCUGAAGAUGACCAUCAUCAUUGUGGUGUCCUUUGUGGUCUGCUGGACACCUUACUACCUGCUGGGUAUCUGGUACUGGUUCCACCCUCAGAUGCUGCAGGUGACGCCUGAGUAUGUCAACCACAUUCUCUUUGUCUUUGGCAACCUCAACACCUGCUGUGACCCCGUCAUCUAUGGUCUCUACACCCCGUCAUUCCGCGCCGACCUGGCCCUCUGCUGGUCCUGUCGCCCCCGGGAUUCCUCACCCAAGUCCCUGGACCGCCUGUCGGGACGGCAAGGGAACCCCAGUGCAGAGCAAGAGUCGGACGCGCCCAGCGUGGACCAGCUGAGAGGCAACGAGGAGUAGCGAUCCUGAAACCCUCAGGAAAUUAUCACCACACAGGGGUUGGGGCGCCUCAGAAACGAAGUCCUGCUAGAACCUAGCUCCACGCCUGCCUCGCUGCAGUCCGGCACUGCAUGCCAAUGGUCAUCCGGGAUUAACUGAGUGAUGAACAUAGCGGGGCCCCAUAGAGCCAAUUCAGGCUGCCUAAUUAAUUGCGGCUGCGUAUGUCCGCUGUCUCGUUGCAUUGAUGGGUGUGACCUCUAUUAACUGCUCCCGAUGAGUCAUGCUGCAAUGUAGCCAAUCCAUUUCAUAUCGUUUACUUGAAAUGUUUGGUGCCUGAGUGGAAGAACAUUUGGGCACUGCUGGAGAAAACUGCAGACAGGCACAUUGAUUGUGUGCUGGUUAUCAAGCCGGAAGCUUGGCAUACAUUUACAGCCUUUUCUGUGGGUGUGUAGUAUUUAGUGUUGUGUUGUAUAAAGUGUGAUGCACAGAGUAUUGAUUAGCAUGUCAUAGUGGAAACCACCACUGUUGUUUCUCUCCAUGACUUUAUUUCCGUGUCAGCCUUUUUUUGGUUUAUAAUCAUCCCUCAAUGUCAUUCUUUAUGUACUCAUUGAUCAAGCCAAACAAGCGGAACUCUCUUGGGGCAUUAUACACGCAACACAAACAUCUUCCGUUAUUACUUCGUCAGUUUUACUUGAGCACACGUCAGAGCUGUUCUGUUGCACCUACUCUUUGUUAAAACCCCUGGCUUUUAUCACAGCACUUUGAUCCUGCUGGUCAUUAUAAGGAGAGAUUUAUAUACACUCAGUGAGCACAUUAUUAGGUAUUUAUUAAACUCAUUUUUUAGACUUAUUAUGUCUUCUGCUACUGUAGCCUAUCCACUUAGAGGUUUGACGUGUUGUGCGUUCUGAGAUGCACUGCACUGUUGUAAUGUGUGGUUAUUUGCGUUACUGUCACCUUCCUGUCAGCUUCGACCAGUCUGGCCCUUCUCCUCUGAGCUCUCUCAUUAACAAUGCAUUAUUGCCUUCAGAACAGCUGCUCACUGGAUGUUUUUUGUCUUUUAUAUCAUUCUCUGCAAACUCUAGAGACUGUUGCAUGUGAAAAUCCCAGGAAAUCAGCAGUUUCUGAGAUAAUCAAACCACCCUGUGUGGCACCAACAAUCAUUCCACGGUCAAAGCCACUUCGAUCACAUUUCUUCCCGAUUCUGACAUUUGGUCCGAAAGACAUAUGAAACUCUUGACCAUGUCAGCAUGCUUUUAAGCAUUUAGUUGGUGCCACAUGAUUGGCUGAUUAAAUAUCUGUAUUAACAAGCUGGUGUACAGGUCUUCUUAAUAAAGUGCUCAGUGAGUGUAUUUUUAAUGUAUGUAUCUGUUCCAGUUUAGCUCUUAUGUAUGCACAAGUUCAUAUUUUCUGCCAAAGAUUCUAUUGUUUUUGUACAACAUUAUGUGCUUACA